GAAAUACAGCAAGUUCUCAUGGUUGACUGAUCACGUGAUUAUCAUGGAUAGUGACGCCACCUACAAAGUUGCGGAAAGGACAAAGGAAGCUUUACGUCAGGAUACUGUCAUGCAACAGGCUGACCAAGUUAAAAUGCUAAAACUGAAGCUUGCUGUAAUGGAAACAGUUCUGAAAGACACGAUAGCUUUGAUGAAACAACAGUCUUUGAAGGCCAAUCAGGCGGUAUUUUCCUUAAGAACACAGCUGAAGGAACAGAAUGAACUUAUUUUCAGUCUCCGUUGCGAGAGAGGCUGUAUACUAAAAAAAUUAAUUUCUAGUUUACUUUUCAUAGAAGGCGAGUUUAGAAAAGAGCAGAAAGAAAUUCUUGACCAGCUCUAUGAAAAAGACCGUUUGAUACAAGAGACUCUGCGCGAGCUGAAUUACUGGAAGACCCGAAAUCCAGAGGGCGACAAGAAUAACUCUUUACCAACAAAUCUAAAUGUUCAGCAAGUACAAGAAGACUUAAAUACAGUUGAGAAAGACAGCUGUACCCAUUUUAACGAAAUCCUUGAUAGACUGAAUUGUAAAAAUAACGAAUUAAAUGUACAAAACCUACCUUCUGAUCCCGUAUCGUUCACUAAUCUUGAUUCAGAAAAGGCUAACUGCAAAGUAAACCUGGGAAAACCUCACCUCGCUCAAAGUGCCCAAUCAUCAGAACAUCAGUUUCAAAGUGAACAGGAAAAAUGUUCACCCGAUACAGGCUCGAUCCCGGGUAAUCACCAGACAACCGAAAUCGAUGGUUCUGAAAAGGAUGAACUGGCAGGAAUUCUUUUCCGAAGAAGAUAUAUGCUACACGGUAGUUACGAAAGGCUUACGGAUAUAGGGGAAAGAGGUUCGAAUAAACAGUUCAAGAAAAAUUUAAACAACCAUCGUUCUGUAGUAAGACCAAGGGAUGUUAAAUACAAAAGGACUUCGAGAUCUCACACUCGCACCUGUCAGUAAUUGAAGAGCAACUUAAAACAAGUGAAAAAAACAACAACAACCUUGUCAACUAGUAGUUUAGAAUUUCAAUGACCAUUUAGUGAAAAGUAAAUUAGAAAUCAUGUAUCUAGUCUUGAAGUUCAUUAUACUCGACAUUAAGUCAAAAUGUUUCA